AGAUUUUAUGUGAAUUUUAACCCAACCAUCAACUUUAACCACGUUAUAAUAAAAAUGCUAAGCUGUACAAUAUUGCAAUGAUUCCUCAGGCUCUAUAUAGAGAAUAUUUCGAAGUUCCUAUUAUAUCUAGAACUUAUACAACUGCUUGUUUUCUUACAACUUUAGCUGUGCAUUUAGAUCUCAUUACACCUUUUCAGUUGUAUUUUAACCCUGCACUUAUUUUUAAAGAAUUUGAGAUAUGGCGGUUAAUUACAAAUUUUUUAUUUUUUGGGAUAUUUGGGUUUAAUUUCUUAUUCAACAUCAUAUUCACAUACCGAUAUUGUCGUAUGUUGGAGGAAGGAUCUUUUAGGGGGAGAACUGGUGAUUUUGUUAUUAUGUUUUUAUUUGGAGGAGCCCUUAUGACAACUAUAGCUUUGUUUAUUAAUAUAUUGUUUUUGGGGCAAGCUUUUACCAUAAUGCUAGUUUAUAUAUGGAGUCGUAGAAAUCCUUAUAUAAGAAUGAAUUUUUUUGGACUGCUAACAUUUCAAGCUCCUUACUUACCUUGGGUUAUUUUAGCCUUUUCACUUCUACUUGGAAAUUCUAUUUUGAUAGAUCUUGUUGGUAUAUCAGUGGGCCAUAUAUAUUAUUUCCUAGAAGACAUAUUUCCUAACCAAACUAAUGGUUUCAAAAUACUCAAAACACCUAAAUUUAUAAUAUACCUAUUUGAUUUUGCUGGGCGCGAUACCGAUGAAGCAAAUGAUGAAUACGAAUUAUUACCAGAAGGAAGAAGGGCUGAAGCUCAUCCUUGGGGACAAGAAGGUGAAGAUGAUCCGCCUCCUAAUUAAUAUUUUAUAUCCAUUUGGGGAAAAUAAAUUUGCUCAUACACAGACUACGAUUGUAUAUUUCGAAGAGCUUGUAUUAAUCAAAACGUUAUAUAAAUAAUCUAUAAAUUAUGCCUUUUUAGGUAAUUAUAAAGAUUUGGUGUAAAUAAAAUAUAGAUAUAAUAUAAAUUUAUUAUCUACAUAGUUAAUUGAUAUUUGA